AUACCACUGAUGGCUCGUUUGUCGGUUCUUCGUUUCUGUCCCUCAAGAAGAACUCGCAUGGCUUGUUCUUGCGGCGAUGUCUCAUGCACUUGAACAGUGCGUUUUUGAUUUUUCCAGCGAGGUCCAUGAUGGUGGCUUGUUUUCGUAUGUUCCAUUGGCAGAUUUCCGAUUUACAGCGGUUCCGCAGUUUACGGAAUGCCAGCUCAUCUUCUGUGUCCCAUGUGGUCAACUUUUUGAAAAAGAAUUGGGAUCUUUUUUCCAGAAGUCGUCGAAUCCUUUUUGGCGGCCUGCGGUUCAUCCGGGUGCGUGCCGGGUUUUUUGGGACGAACGUCGCGUCAGCCUCGUGGACUUUCUGGACAAUGGUCGUAUAUAUUUCUCCCACCGGAGCUGGUCUCAGUGUGACUUGUUCAAGGAAGAUGCGUGUUCCUGAGAAGUCUGCAAGGUGGCUUUCAGAAAGGCAUUUGACAUCACCUCAUGUGAAGGUUGUUACCAACAAGCUCAACUGCGCUUUUCACUGCUCGGGAUGGGGACCACGAGGUGGACCAUUAUCAAUGUUUAGAGACAUUGUCAAACGUAUCCCAGUCGUGCAUCCAAGCUACUGCCUUCAAUGCAUACCUCCUUUCCGAACCCUGAUAACCUUGUGUUUGGAUACCAAUUUAUCAGUUCCACAUCAGAUCCUCAGCUGUCUACUUUAUCUUCCCAAAUCAUCGGUGAACAAAGCUGUGGCAGCUGCGAAUACUGUACUACAACUUUACCAUCCACUGGCGAUGGCCAACGCAUCUCGAGUUUCUGAAAUUUUUCAGCAGGCCUCAGCCGCUUUUGGCAGACUUGCCCACUUGACUCUUGAGCUUAAGUUGUCCCAGGCUCAGCAGAACACUUCUGAUCAAAAGUCAAAUACCAAGUGGACAACCGAAGAAAUAAACGAAUUGAAGGCAGCAAUAGUCCGAUUCGGAAAUGAUUUGGAAAAAAUUGCACAAUCCAUAGAAACAAAAACAUUAGACCAGAUCAAACAGAAAGUGCAUUCCAAAACUUUCCAGGAAGCAGGUUACACAACCGUACCGUCCUCGUUAGCUCAGACAACUGGUUCGGACCAGCGGAAAAACGCUCCGGGUACAACUGAGCCUGUACAACGCAGGCGCAGUCCUAGUGACUCGAAUACCGACCUCGGUAUACCUGCCAAGCGCAGUCGUACAGUGGAAGAAUUAUCCCCCUCUAAGCAACCCACAUGCAAACAAGACAACAUUUCAAGCAACGAAGUAUGCCCACCAGUUUCUACCGGCUCGGGGUCCUUGAACGCGGGAAUUCAACGCCCGUUUACGGGUCUUGCUGUUGAUGCGGACAAUAAGAGUCAGAAGUUGAUCGGCUCCAAUUCAAACACAUCAACCACCAAAGUCGAAUCAAGCUCUGGAUCUGUUCGGCCCACUGUAGGAACCAUCGGAAAUUCUGAAUCUCACUAUGAGGAGUACGAAGAUGAGCAUCAGCUUGACCCCGGUUGUAACGAGACGUAUUUGUCUCGAAGUAGUGAACUAAACAAAGAUAUUGGUAACCACAGGAGCAUCAGCUUGACCCCGGUUGUAACGAGACUGUUGGCGUCGCGUCAACUUCGUCGCCUUAGGGUGGCUCGUGAGAUACUGACUCGAGAGCAGCAAGCGGGAUUCCGGCCUGGUAGGGGUUGUGUUGACCGAAUCUUCACACUGCAUCAGGUGCUAGAACAACGCCAUACGUAUAAGCGACCCACGAUUCUAGUAUUCCUGGAUUUCCGAGGCGGAUUUGACUCGGUUGGUAGGUCUGUUCUUCUUGAGACGCUUGCCCACCAAGGAAUGCCUCGGAAGUUUGUAAACAUAAUACGCUCUUUGUAUUCUCAGACUUCCGGACGUGUGAAAAUGUACGGAGAGCUCUCCAAAAGCUUCCGCAUACAAAGCGGUGUCCGUCAGGGAUGCCCACUCUCUCCAUUCCUUUUUAACUUUGUGAUCGAUGAAAUAAUGAGACGAACGCUGGAGGGUCUCCAAAACCCUGGUGUUCAAAUAGCCAGUGAAGAAAACCUUGUCGAUCUGGAAUAUGCAGACGACAUCGUUCUCAUGUUCGAAGAAGAGGAAAAGGCGCAAGUAUUCUUGGAUGAACUGACCAAAGUCAUCCCGUCCUUUGGUAUGAAUUUGCACCCACAAAGUCUGGUCCCCUGCUACCUUCUCCUCGGAAUCCUGGCCUUCAACAGAGAGGUGGCUUUGAAUAUGGAGCCAUCCUCAACCUCAGAAGUGUUCGAGUGCAUAUCCCUACUCAAGCAUCAUCGUGCUAAUGACGCUGAUGACCUUCCACCUGCUCUUUUCAAGGAUGGCGGUGAAUUCCUCAGCCAGUGCCUAGCUAGCCUAUUUGGGUCUAUCUGGGAGAAGGAGACCGUCCAAGACAACUGGAGUGAAUCGAUAACAGUGUCCGUUUUGGAAAACGGAUACUUGCUUGGAAUUUGGU